AUGACUACCUCUAUAUUACAACCACAUCAUUUUAAAUUAUCAUCAUCAUCACCAUCAUCAUCAUCAUCAUCAUCAACAACAACAACAACAACAGCUAGUCAUCAUAAAUCAACAACACCAGGUAUCAAACUAGCACCAUUGAUUCGUCAAGCUAGUGUUGUUUCCUAUGAAAAAAGACAAGGAAAAAUGUGGUUUAUCAUUCAUGUGGAUCCUCAACAAUUCAAUCAUCUACCAUCCCAUCCACAACGACAUCCUUAUACCAUAGCUCGACGAUAUGAUGAUUGUGUUCAAUUCUGUCAACGACUUUAUGAUGCUUUUCCAUGUUUAUCCAACAAUCACUGCAAUGAACGUGCGGGAUCACGAACUAUGCAGCCAUCCUAUUAUUCAUAUGAUUUACCCAAACUCAAACCACAAGGUCUAUUAAACAAGAAACAACCCAAUGGUCAACGACGUGCCGAAUUGGACCGAUUUGUACAAGCUCUCUUCCGAUUACCAGCCGCUAUCACUCAAACCUUGAUUGUUUUGGAAUUCUUUGGUUUGCAAAAAGGGGAUACCGAACAACAAGUUUUGUCCUCAUUUUGUUCUCAAGCUGCUCAUCGUUUACCAUGUGAUCGUCGACGUAGCAGUACAAGAACAAGUCAAAGUAGCAAUCCAUCUCAACCACUAGGUACUUCAUCCAGUGUGCGUACUAUGAAACUCAAGGUGAUUUAUGAUGUUGAUAAUAUCGUGGUGAUUCAAAUUCCUCGUUCCAUGUCCUUGGCAGCCUUACGUACACGACUUCAUGAUAAGUUUUCUACCAUGUUGGAUUCUUCCAUGAAACCUUUAGCUGAUCAGUUUGUCUUGUUAUACAAUGAAAAUACGCGCACUUCUUCCUCUUCCGAACUCUCCUUGGAUCAACAAUCAUCAUCCUUAUCUUCUUCUCCUUCUGUUACUCUGAUCUCUCAAGAACGUCAUUGGGCAAAAGCAAUGGAAAAUUGGGAUACGCUUGAAAAGGUGACUUUACGUUGUAUUCAUUGAAUGGUCUCUCCUUUUUUUUUUUUAUUGGUUAUGAAUUCUUAUCAAUGUCAUUAUCUUCAUCGUCCAUUCCCUUCGUUUUUUUUUUUUUUAUGUCUCUUCCUCUCCUUUUUUUUUUUAUACAUAGUCAUUCUUUGUUAUUUUACAACAAAAAAAAAAAAGAGAAACUCUCACACACACUCAUUUCUCUCACCAUUUCCAACAUAUACAUAUAUACAUAUACUCACGCAUAUACAUUCUUUUUUUUUCUUUGUUUAUACUAUUUACCAUUCCACUCUUUUUUUUUCCCUUUGUUUCCCACUCC